CCAAGUGGAGGACAGGGUAGUAGGCGUGGACGGGGCGUGGGGAAGAGUGGAUGGGAAGGUACCGGGGAGAACUACGGCAGAUUGGAAUCAGGCAUUCCACUCGUUUUACGCGCAGAACGCACUUGUCAUAGUCUAUUAGACUGACAGAGGGGAAAAAUCAGCGGGACUCCACAAACACCAGGUGCUAGCCUGCCAACAUGAGCCUUAAUCGACACUCGCGUGACAACUCUUUAGAACUUAAAGAGGGGGUCGACAACGCUGCUUUCGAAGAGGACGGGGGUCGCAUCAGUUCUGAAAACACCGAUGGACAGGUUAUGGCUGACUGUCCCUCGUCAGGUGUUAACCUCGACGGAGAUGAACGUUCCUAUACCCAGAUCAAACCGUAUGCAGGUAUGCCAAAAGAAGUGCUGUUGUUGUACUCCGGCCAGUCUCGUUACCGACUGCCCCGGGAGAUCCUGUUCUGGCUGAUCAUUGCAUGCAUGCUUGCCCUGAUCGCGCUUACCAUCACGGUCAUCGCGUUAUCGCCGCGGUGCCUGAGCUGGUGGCAGUCCACUCCGGUCUACCAGAUAUACCCGCGCUCCUUCAAAGAUUCCAACAACGACGGCAUCGGAGACCUGAAAGGCAUCAGGGAGAAACUGGAUCAUUUUAACUACCUGAACAUCAAGGCCAUCUGGAUCAGUCCAUUUUACAAGUCACCAAUGAAGGACUUUGGCUACGAUGUGGAAGACUUCCGCGAUAUCGAUCCCAUUUUUGGAACCAUGGCAGACUUUGAUGAUCUUCUUGCUGCUAUGCAUGAUAAAGGCCUGAGGCUGAUCAUGGACUUCAUUCCCAACCACAGCAGUGACAAGCACGUUUGGUUCCAGAAGAGCCGCAUGCGAGAGGAUCCUUACACUGACUACUACAUCUGGGCCAACUGCACCGACGCCAAACCGCCCAACAACUGGGUGAGCGUGUUUGGGAAUUCCUCGUGGGAGUACGACCCGGUCCGAGACCAGUGCUACCUGCACCAGUUCCUGAAGGAGCAGCCCGAUCUGAACUUCCGAAAUCCCGACGUCCUGCGAGAGAUGACGGAUGUCAUUCGUUUCUGGCUGGAUAAGGGCGUGGAUGGAUUCCGCAUGGACGCAGUCAAGCACAUGCUUGAAGCGCCGCACCUGAGGAAUGAACCCCAGGUGGACCCCCUCCAACCCCCAGAAGAGGUGAACACUGAGUUUGAGCUCUACCACGACUACACCUACACCCAGGUAGGCCUCCACGAUAUCCUGAGGGCAUGGAGAGCCGAGCUGGACAAGUACAGUCGAGAGCCAGGGCGCUACAGAUUCAUGGUGACGGAAUCAUACGACUAUGAGGAGAUCGGGAAGACAAUGAUGUACUACAGCAACGACUUUGUGAGGGAGAGCGACUUCCCCUUCAACUUCUACCUGCUGGACCUGCCCCAGGGGCUGUCUGGGCACAGAGCCCAGGAGCUGGUCAGCCUGUGGAUGACCAACAUGCCUCAGGGCAAGUGGCCUAACUGGGUGGUUGGGAACCAUGAUAAGCCCCGGAUGGCAUCCAGCGUGGGGAAGGAUUACAUCAGCGCCAUCAACAUGAUGAUCCUCACCCUGCCUGGUACGCCCACCACCUACUAUGGGGAGGAGAUCGGCAUGGAGAACGUCCACAUUGACAAGGACAUCCAGGAUCCCUUUGGGAAAUUUGACCCUAAUGCCACCCGAGACCCCUCGAGGUCGCCCAUGCAGUGGAACAGUGGACUCAACGCAGGCUUUAGUGGCAACGAGACGGGCACCUGGCUGCCCCUUAGCCCCAACUACACCACCAUCAAUGUGGAGGCCCAGAUGAGGAACAUUAGCUCGGUUCUGGAGCAGUACCGGCGUGUGAGCCUGCUGCGGGAGUCGGAGUUGCCGCUGCAUCGCGGCUGGAUGUGCUUCGUGUGGAGCGACGCCGACGUCUUCGCAUUCCUCCGUGAGCAGGAUGGACUGGACCGGGCCUUCCUGGUUCUAAUCAACCUGGGUCAGGCCACGACCACGGACCUGUCGUCCAUCUCGGGCCUGCCGGGCCGGUUCCGCGUCCACACUAGCACCGUGCCGGAGAACAAUGGGAGGAGCUACGACAGGGCAGCUGUUCCCACGGCGAAGGGGGAAGGGCUGCUGCUGGAGCUCUUGUCCAGUCAGAGGUUCCACACAAGCCACGCCUCCAGCUGUUACAUCUCAGAGAGGGCGUGCUACCUGAGCAUGCUAGACAUCAUGUACAAGUGCUGAGUGUGUGUGUGUGUGUGUGUGUGUGUGUGUGUGUGUGUGUGAGUGUGUGAGAGUGUGUGUGUGUGUGAGUAUAUCUGUCUAUCACAGUCCUGACCAAUAGAAGGAAAGAAAGCACAAGGCACACCUGUAUUUUUGUUUGUCACUCCCAUUUUUUAAAUGAAUAAAAAUAAAAAAGAAUGAA